UCGUUUUAUGUCUCCGGAUUACAACUCCGGAUUCUUAAUCACUGAUCACCGUGUUUGAGUACAGUGUACUUAUCGAAAAUAACAAAUGGAUCCAGUAAUAAAACAGUGGAAAAUAGGAUUUUUUGAAGAUGAAAAUAAAUAUUCUGUUAUUCCAAGUAAUUGGACCUUUAGUACCCGUACAGGUGAUUUCUGUCGAUGGCCAAGUAAACAAAGAGUUACUUCUUUAAUGAUAAUAAAAGCAGAUGAACCAAACGUAGACUGGUCAUCUUUCCCAGUAAAUAUUAUUGGUGAAAGUUAUGAUUCAUAUGAUAAAGCAGUACAAAAAGAAAGAGAAAUAUUUUUAUCAGAAUCUGAAAGAAGUCUUGGGCGAGGAAAAAGGAAAAGAAAAGGAUUAAAAAAUAACAAUGAAGAUACUGACAGUGGUAGAUGA